UUGCCAAACCGAUCUUGUGAAAGUGAACUUGAGCGACAAGCCAAUUUAAUUUACGAGGUAUUUCAUCAACCUCUCGUAAUUGGGAUCAUACAGUGCUGAUGCCAUGGCGGUUGUAUGGUGCUCGUUGUACAUGAUAGAUAUUUGGAGUUCCAUGGGACUUGGCUUGCCCCGACAGCAGGAAUUCGUCGAAGGGUUUCCUCUCCCUACGGACGAGAUGACCUUCCUGGCCUUGAGUAGCGCGGCGUCAUCGCAUCAGAUCAGCUCUCGGCUAAUCUGGUCGGAAAUGGUUAUGCUCGCUCGGAUAUGGACGCAAAUCCAUCAGCUGAAUCAAGCUUCUGUCGAAGGGCACAUAGAGCCUAGGGAAUUUGUGGGGCGCGCCCACAGGUUAGCUCAUGAAUUGCAAUCCUGGGCUGAUAGCCUGCCUCCGAGUCUGCGAGAGAAUCGCGAGAAUCUCGAACGGUAUGCUCGACUUGGGCUAGGAAACGCGUACGGGGCGCUUCCCUUAGGGUUUCGUUUCUAUCACGAAGUUCUAUAUUACCAAUUUCCAGCAAAGAACGAGCAUCCAGGGUCUGAGCCUGCAAAGCGGUACCGCAUGGAGUGUCAAAUACACUCCUCACCAUUGCUGGACACUGGAUCAGUGUCAGUGCAUAUAUCUCAUGGUCUCCCGUAUGCUUGUCGUGACAUCGUCGAUUUACACACAUAUCCUGCUUUUCUCUGAGGAUGGAGAGCAAGUCCAGGUGGUUUGACACCGGCUUGCCUGGAACUUUGAGAUUUUAACGGAGCUUCAGCCAGUUCGGGCGGCGCUGGAUAUAGCCUUGCGUCGAUUACAGGUUUUUCAUGACGCCUGCAUACAAUCUAUCGAUUGCUCAUUUUGUAUGGACCAAUGGUUGCUGAAGUGCAUAGUUGAACAUGGAAAAGCACACGACAUGGGAAGACCGUUGCCGCC